CGUCGAACGACACAUUCAAGGGCACACACCGCGAAGAUGUCGACUAUUCUCCGUACGCUGCGGAACCUGAGAAGGAUUGGCCUCAAGGAAUAUGGCCACCAAAUGCAGUACAUCGGUGAUACCAAGGCCGGUACCUUGAUUGCGACCGACCGCUACGGCAACAAGUACUACGAGAACUUCGAGGAGGAGCUUCCUCUCCGGACACGAUGGGUCGACUACAAGCAGAAGGAAUACGACCCCUCCCAGAUUGAGCCUGGCUGGCACGCUUGGCUGUCCUACAUGGUUGACGCUCCCCCAACCGUAGACAGAGUCAUGCAGACUGGUAUCCGUGCUUGGGAAUUGCCUGAGCACAGGCCUAACCUCACCCUCAGCCGUGCUGCCUACAAGACGUACUCGACUACGCGGCCGAAGAUUGAGGCCUGGACUCCUGUCGCUGCUGAGCGAUAGAUUUUCCCUCAAGAGGCGUCCAUUCCGUUCUACACUCACAGAGUGCCCUGGCUGCUGAGGUUUGUUGGAGAACUUGUAUAUAUGUGCGACUGCUAGAUCAAUUUCACUAAACGCUACGGACAAACUAUGG